AUGGCGGACUUUCAACCCAAGAGCAUUCUCAUCUUCGGUGCUACCGGCAACAUCGGGCGAUAUAUCACGAAUGCUAUCGCCAAUGCGCAACCAGCAUUCGAUCAUGUGGCCAUCUUCACCUCGGAAGACACAGUUACCAGAAAACCAGAAUUGAUCAAAGAGCUCAAGUCAAAGGACGUCAAGAUCAUCACGGGAGAUGUGAAUAAUCCUGAAGACGUACAGAAGGCUUACCAGGGCGUCGAUACUGUCAUAAGUGCAGUGGGACGCAAUGUCAUCGAGACACAGAUUGAGCUCUUCAAACUCGCAGCUGAGUCUGGUUCAGUGAAGUGGUUUUUCCCUUCAGAAUACGGCACGGAUAUCGAAUACGGCCCUCAGAGCGCCAACGAGAAGCCUCAUCAGCUGAAGCUCAAGGUUCGAAAGUACAUCCGCGAGAACUCCAAUGGUCUAAAGUAUACUUUUGUCGUCACUGGGCCGUAUAUCGAUAUGUACUUUACCCUGUCGCCCGAUGUUAUUGAGGCUGGAGGAUUUGAUCAUAAGAAUAAGAAGGCAGUUUUGAUUGAUAAUGGGGAGGGCAAGAUUGGCUUCACAACUAUGCCUGAUGUUGGAAAGGCUGUAGUCGCUGCUCUUCAUCAUCCCGCAGAGUCUUUCAACCGCGCUCUAAUCGUCCAAUCUUUUGUCGUUAACUCUAAGCAGAUUCUCAAGGAGCUUGAGAAGCAGACUGGAGGUGAACCUUGGGAGGUUUCAAGCUACACUCUGGACGAGUUGAGGGAGGCAGAGAAGAAGGGGUGGGCAGCUGGAAAUCCCAAGGCGGUUUCUUACACUCUUCGACGAAUUUGGUCUGAGGGGGGCACACUUUAUGAAAAGACGGAUAACGAGAGGAUUGGACUCAAGGAUGAAGACCUGGAGACUCUGGAGGAUGCUGUUAAAAGGGAACUUACGACUGGAUACUAA